AUGAGCUCGCAGCGCUAUCAAAGGGUAAACGCCCACGAUGAAGAUGAAGAACCGCAAUCACAAUCGUCAAUCCCUCUCCGGGGGACACCAAACUCUCCACCUCCCUCGUUUCGCUCUCGUUCCACCUCUCCAUCAUCCAGACGCCUUCUCCAUGACGACCCCCUAAACAACGAUGCAGAUCAGACGCUGGCCGACGCAUUUGAUGACGAGAGUGACUCCGAAGCGGAUGAGCCGGAUGACCGUCAGCGACUAAUGCGGGCUCAGCCGGAUUCGCGACCAGUGGCAGAUAGCAGCAGUGCGACCGCUAGUUCGUCAUCUGGAGUGGGUAAUGAACAGCAACCGCCCAGUGAACAGCGUAGUGGGAUCCAGAGGAGGCAGACAAUUCUACCGAGUUUCAGUACUGGUAGCCGAGUGAUCAGGUCCACAAAUGACGGUGUCUUUGCAAACCUGGCGGCUAAGCCAGAGCGUGGAGAGAAGACCGAAGACCUUCCUCCGUCCUAUGAAGAGGCGGCUGCUGACGCUACCCCUCCGUACUGGGAGACUACGAUUUUGGCCCCCGGGAUCUCAUCCGACGAGGUGUACGUGGAUGGGUUACCAGUAGGGUCCGUUUUUUCGUUUGUCUGGAAUGCUAUGAUCUCCAUGUCCUUCCAACUGGUCGGUUUCCUCCUGACAUACCUUCUCCAUACUACACAUGCGGCGAAGAAUGGAAGUAGGGCUGGUCUCGGUCUUACUCUCGUACAAUACGGAUUCUACAUGAAAGGCGGCAGUGAUACGAAACCGGACGAUGGUGCAGACCAAUACGUGACACCUCCGGACCCCAACAGCCAUAAUUUUGACCCUAGCUCCGUUACCGAUGGAUCUGGGAGCGAUGGCGGCGGUGGUGUAUCGGGGAUCUCCACGAGUGAAUGGAUUUCAUAUGUUCUCAUGAUUGUUGGUUGGUUCAUCUUAAUCCGCGCUAUCAGCGACUAUCUACGGGCUCGGCGACACGAGCAGCUGGUGCUGCAAAGCCCUGACCGAGGCCUUCCUGUGCCGAUCAUUGCAACAAAUGAAAGAACAGAGACCGUUGUUUAA